GGCGUGACCACGCUGAUUGUCUGGUACCCGCCAUGCAAAAUGUUUUCUGACAACAAUUUAAAAUAUCAGUCCUGAGUGGCUUCGAUGCAAGCCAAGGACAGUUAUCAUAUGCCCACAGUGGGACCGUCUGCAAUUCAAAAAAGCAGAAUUUUUACUGAAGACGCGAAAAAAAUCAUACCCGUAUCCUGGGGGAAAUGCCAGAAGAAGCAGAUCAAAUUAUUCACUCUACUGCAUUCGGCAUGUAUAUAUAUACAAUGUAUAUAUGUCCAAGGGUGUUGUGGGUGUCCGAUUUUUUAGUCGUUUUGUCGGAGUAGCAUGACCGUUGAAACAAUGGAGGCAUUGGAUCUCAGUCAAAAUGCAGGAGUCGAUGCAGCUGUCUGGUGACCAUAUGACAACAUAUGUUUGGUGAGUAGAUGACUGUCAGUCCAAUUUCAAAACCUGUGUAUCCACUGCAAGCUUUAAAUAUAAAUAUAUAUGAAUUCAUUGAAUUGGGUGUCAUCCCAAUCUCAAGACGUGUGUAUGUGCACAGUGCUCUGCAUUUACUUAAGUAGAAAGGCAAAGACUGAAGAGGAAGAGGAGGAUUCAGAGAAGAGUUUCAGUUUGCAGGUCCCUUCAGCAGCAGUAAUGGAAGAAUCAGGAGGUGAAAGAGAGCUAGUAUCAAUACCUGCUACACCUAUGGGUGCCACCCCUCCCUUUACACCAGGUGCACAUUCACCCCAUCACCAAAUCUCAACUUCACAUUCUCAUGCUGUAACCCCAGGACAGAGAUCUCCCAGGCCUUCACAAACGCCUGCCAGUACGAGACCUCCCUCAUCUCUGGUCUCCCCUUCCAUGCCAAGGUCACCACUGUUAAAGACUCCAAGGACUCCCAGAACCCCAUGGACCCCUUCCCUCAUUUCUCCUAGGUUUUUGAGCCCCAUUGGAACCCCGAUGAAGAGGGUUUUGACCAACAUGAAGAGCUAUUUGGAGGAGGUGGGACACCUCACCAAACUCAAUCCUCAGGAUGCAUGGCUUCCCAUCACGGAAUCCAGAAAUGGAAAUGCUUACUACGCUGCAUUCCAUAAUCUCAAUGCAGGCAUUGGGUUUCAGGCCUUGAUACUUCCUGUGGCUUUUACCUUUUUGGGAUGGAGUUGGGGAAUGGUGUCUCUCACCUUAGCCUACAUAUGGCAACUCUACACUCUCUGGGUCCUGAUCAGGCUUCAUGAAGCUGUACCAGGGAAGCGCUACAAUCGAUAUGUGGAGCUUGCCCAAGCUGCUUUCGGGGAGAGACUUGGUGUUUGGUUAUCUCUGUUUCCAACGGUUUAUCUGUCCGCUGGCACUGCAACUGCAUUGAUACUGAUUGGUGGAGAGACAAUGAAGCUGUUUUUCCAAAUAGUUUGUGGCCCUAAUUGUGGAUCCAAUCCACUUACUACAGUGGAAUGGUAUCUGGUUUUCACAUCUCUUUGCAUUGUUCUGUCCCAGCUUCCUAAUCUCAACUCCAUAGCUGGGCUCUCGCUCAUAGGUGCUGUAACUGCAAUCACCUACUGCACUAUGGUUUGGGGUUUGUCUAUUAGCAGGCCUAGACCUUUGGGGAUAUCUUAUGAUACAAUGAAGGCGAACACGGAGACUGCCACAGGUUUCGCAGUUUUGAAUGCACUAGGAAUUAUAGCUUUUGCCUUUAGGGGUCACAAUCUUGCCAUGGAAAUUCAGGCUACUAUGCCAUCAAGCCUCAAGCACCCUGCUUACAUACCAAUGUGGCGAGGAGCAAAGGUUGCAUAUGUGUUAAUUGCCAUGUGCGUGUUCCCUAUUGCAAUUGGAGGCUACUGGGCUUAUGGAAAUUUUAUGCCUGCAGGCGGAAUUCUAAAUGCUUUGUAUGCCAUCCACAACCAGGAUAUUUCAAGGGGGCUUUUAGCAACAACUUUCUUAUUGGUUGUGUUCAAUUGUCUCAGCAGCUUUCAGAUCUAUUCUAUGCCAGUCUUUGACAGUUUUGAAGCAGGCUAUACUAGUAGAACUAACAAGCCAUGUCCUCUUUGGGUCCGUGCCGGAUUUCGAGUGUUCUAUGGUUUCAUUUCAUUCUUUAUCGGGGUUGCACUUCCAUUUCUUUCCAGCCUUGCAGGUCUGUUAGGAGGUCUUACUCUGCCAGUGACUUUUGCAUACCCAUGUUUUAUGUGGAUUUCUAUCAAGAAGCCUGAAAAAUACACUUCUAGCUGGUACCUGAACUGGGGCCUUGGCAUACUGGGGAUUGUUUUCAGCCUGGCAUUUUCAGUUGGAGGAGUGUGGAGCAUGGUUGACAGUGGCUUAAAGCUCAAGUUUUUCAAGCCAACUUAGCUAAUCUCUGCAAAGUUUAAUACCAAUAGCCUAAUAGGUGCUUUAUAUAUGAGUGUGUUAGUUUUUCGGGCUACUUAAAACCUAUAAAAUACACGGCUCAAACAUCCCACAAUCUGGUUAUCAAGGAUUCUUACUGUAUAUAUAGUCAUGGUGAUAUUAACAGAGAAUUGUCAGUGGUAUAAAUAAGCCCAUUGUUUUUGAGAAAAAUUUUCAAGCUCUGAGGGUUAUUUGGCCCAAGAAUUAUCAGGGCGCCUUUCUGGGCAACGAUCAUAGAUAUGCAAUUGGUAAUAUGCUAAACAAAUGCUGAAAGCAAAGAAGUCCAUCCUUGAUUGCAGUGUGGAAAGUGGGAGAGAUGGGGUUUAGGCAACGAAGUAUUAUUUAAAUCUUGUAUUUUUAUGGAUUUUCAAUUAUCUCUAAGCAUUUUCAUAUUCA